AUGUCCAGGGCGAAGUCAUCAACAUCAACCCACGUACGCGUUAUAGGCAUUCCGCCACACGCCGGAGACGAAAUAUAUGACGAGAUAGUACACAGAUUAUCCAAGCUGGGAGGCGCAACAAUCCACAAGAACAAGACGCUAUACUACGUAGAUGCCCACUUCAAUAGUUCAGACAUGGCCCAGCUUGCAGUAGAGCAGUUUUCUGCUGUGAACAUUCCGUCAGGAGAAAAUCUACAAUGCAAAAUGGUCGAGACAGAUAACGAAAGGGAGAAGAAGCGACAGUUACAAGCUGUUUAUUCUGCCGUGAAAGCUUUGCGCCCAGACCAACAGGAUGCCAUCAUUCUUUCCUUUCGGCACUUUAUCGGGGCACACCCUGAAGACGCAGAGGCCCUUCUUCUUGCAUAUCCAGCUGCGCUUCUAGGAUUGAAAAUGCUGGUCACAGAUGUGGCUGACAUAAGGACGGAAAAUUAG